ACUUCGCCACAUUUAAUGGAUGCUCUAAAGAAUGCUGACCUGAAGAAAGCCUCUUAUCAACUACCUUCAGGGAUCUCCACCUAUUUGACCUCCUCUGGGCAGGUGGUUAUUGGACCAGAUGGCCGUUAUGCUCUAGUUCCACCACAGCGAAAAGGUCCAGGUCCAGAAGAUCACUGGGCUCAAAAUGGCAGAGAGGGGCAAACUGCAGAGGACCACUGGGCUGCAGAAAGGGUCUUGCCUCAUGACACAGUACAGAACCUCAUUAAAUGGUCCAUGUACCGAGAUGAGAAAAUGAUGGAAUUUCUUACCCCACCACCAGCUGGCCUUAGGCCAGGGGAAACAGAGCUGCAGUGGGUACCAGAUCGUGAAGGGGAGCCAAAAGGAAAGUGGUAUGACAAGAUGUAUUCUAUAAGAAGCCUGCCUACUGUCAGCUACAGGGUGAAAAGGGAAGGGGAUGGAGCUGAGGACAUGACACAAAUGGAAGAGCUUACUGAAGCAGCAGUAUUGAUAAACCUGAAGACUCGCUUUGAUCAAGUGCUUAUCUAUACAUACAUUGGCAGUAUUUUGGUGUCUUUGAAUCCAUACCAACUAUUUAACAUCUAUGGCACAGAUAUGGUUCUGCAGUACGAGGGCCAUGGCUUGGGAGAUAACCCACCUCAUCUCUUUGCCAUUGCAAACAUUGCCUACACUACAUUGAUGGACAUCAAGCAAAACCAGUGCAUCAUUAUCAGUGGGGAAAGUGGUUCUGGAAAGACAGAGGCGACCAAACUGGUUCUGAGGUACCUCACUGCUAUUCACCAUAAGAGGAACAUUACACAACAGGUACGUAUUCUCGAGGCAACUCCUCUGUUAGAGUCAUUUGGAAAUGCUAAGACGGUCCGAAAUGAUAACUCCAGUCGCUUUGGAAAAUUGGUGGAGGUCUAUUUGGAGGAAGGGGUGAUCAGUGGUGCCAUAACCUCACAGUAUCUACUGGAAAAGUCCAGGAUCGUUUUUCAGGCCAAAGAUGAGAGAAACUACCACAUCUUUUAUGAGAUGCUGGCUGGACUUCCUACGCACAUGAAACGGGCCUUCUACCUACAGGAGGCUGAAACCUACUACUACCUGAACCAGGGAGGUAACUGUGAGAUCACUGGGAAGGAUGAUGGGGAGGACUUUAGGAGGCUACAGAGUGCCAUGGACAUUCUCCACUUCAGUCCUGAAGACCAGAGCAGCAUAUUCAGAGUGCUGUCAUCCAUACUGCACUUGGGCAAUGUCUUUUUCCAUAGAGUGGAGACAGAAGUGCAGGAGACAGCUGCUGUGGUGAGCACUCAGGAGAUUCGUGCAGUAGCCGAUCUGUUGCAGAUUUCCCCAGAGGGUCUGCAAAAAGCCAUCACCUUCAAAGUGACGGAGGCAAUGAGAGAGAAGAUAUACACUCCCCUCUCAGUAGAAAGUGCUGUGGAUGCCAGAGAUGCAGUUGCCAAGAUCCUUUAUUCCUUGCUUUUUCAAUGGCUGACAGAACGGAUCAACGGGCGGGUCUACCCCAGGAACGAGGCACUGUCCAUAUCUUUACUGGAUAUAUACGGGUUUGAGAGCUUGACGUUCAACAGCUUUGAGCAGCUCUGUAUCAACUAUGCUAAUGAGACCCUGCAGUUCUUCUUCAGCAAAAUCAUUUUCAAACAGGAACAGGAGGAGUACAUUCGAGAGCAGAUCAACUGGAAAGAACUGUCCUUCACUGACAACCAGGCAUGCAUAGACCUUAUUGCUGCAAAGCCCCAUGGGAUCCUCCGCAUCCUUGAUGACCAGAGCGGCUUUCCACAGGCCACUGACAACACCUUCCUUCAGAAGUGCCACUAUCACCAUGGAAACAACCCCCUUUACUCCAAGCCAAAAAUGCCUCUGCCAGAGUUCACUGUCUAUCACUAUGCUGGUCGUGUAACUUACCAGGUCCAUAAAUUCCUGGAUAAAAACUAUGAUCAGGUUCGGCAGGAAGUAUUGGAUCUGUUUAUGCAGAGCCAGAACCGAAUGGUGUCCAAUCUCUUCAUAAAACAUGCCGAGAUGCUGAAUCAGCAGAAAGGAGCAAUGAACAGGAACAGCACAAUGACUCGGAAAUAUCAGCCCUCUACUGUGGCCGCCAAGUUCCAGCAAUCACUACAGGAGCUUCUAGACAAGAUGGAGAGGUGCAACCCAUUUUUUGUCCGUUGCAUAAAGCCAAAUAAUAACAAGGAACCUGGUAUAUUUGACCCUGAGUUGGUUGCUACUCAGCUCAGAUAUUCAGGAAUCUUGGACACAAUCCGCAUCAGGAAGGAGGGUUAUCCAAUCAGAGUGCCGUUCCAUAAAUUCUUAAACAGGUACAAAGCCCUGCUAGGAAUGAAGAAGCCGCCACCUCCAGAUGGAGAUAACUGUGUCUUUAUGUUAAUGAAGCUCUGCCCAAUCAACAAAGGAGAUUAUCAAGUGGGUGUGUCAAAGCUUUUUCUAAAGGAGAAUGUGCAUCAUUUAUUGGAGAGUAAACGUGAUCGUAUGAUGCAUGUAGCUGCACUGACCCUUCAGCGUUAUGUACGGAUGUAUUUUGUCCGGAAGAAUUUCCUCAAGUUCCGUUCGGACAUGACAAAACUUCAGGCUCACUGCAAGGGCUUCCAGGCCAGGCGGCGGUUUCAGCGAAUGCGUAUAAACCUGAUCAGGCACCGUGCAAUGAUCCGACUUAUUGUCAAUCGCAAAAGAUACAUCAGGCUCAAUCUCCUGUUAGCGAGAAGAGCAGAGCAGGAGAGGAGAAGGAUUGAACAGGAGCGAAUAAGCAGGGAAGUGGUAAAUGUGACUCAGCUGGUUAUUCCUGCAGAGUUGGGAGGAUUGUUACAGGCCACAGCAGCUGGUAGGGAGCGUCAUUCAGACUGCUUGGCUCUGGUUCAGGCUCCAAGAAUACAAACAGACCCCCAGCUCACUCUUCCACUGGACAUCAACAACCAUCUGAUGACCAAAUAUAUACGCACAUAUUUCAGGGAAUUGCAGUUUGGGAUGCUAACAGCACCGCUGGAGAACUCACUGAUCCGACUAGAAGAUGAUCUGAAACAGGAUGCUCUUGAUGUCUUUAUACUGAUUUUGCGUUUCAUGGGAGAUCCAAACCUGAAUGGAGCUCAAGAAAACCUGUUUGGAAAUUACAUCAUUCAGAGAGGCCUUGCCACUCCACCAAUCAGAGAUGAGAUCCUAGCGCAGCUAGCCAAUCAGGUGUGGCGGAAUGAAAACACCAGAAAUGCAGAGAGAGGAUGGUUGUUGAUGGCCGCCUGUUUGAGUUCCUUUGCCCCAUCUGAGAAGAUGGAGAAAUAUCUGCUAAAAUUUGUGUCAGACUAUGCUUUGAAUGGCUUCAAGGCUGUGUGCCAACACAAACUCCUCCAAGCCAUGCAGAAAUCCUACCUAGUCCCUGAAGCGUCUCGAACAUACCCUCUAUCCCUGCUAGAGUGGACUGCCACCCGCAAAAAAGCACACAUGGUGCUCCAAGUGCACUGUUUUGAUGGUGUGUCUUUCCUGUGUCCUGUCCAUUCCUGGACAAAUGGAGAGGGACUUGCUGGAGACGUUCUACAACACAGGGGCGUGUCCUCUGAGAGCCGAUGGGGUUGGUCAGUUCUGAUGAAGGAGCCCGCGCAGUGGGUGGAGUUAGAGGGUCACGAUUAUGUUCUGGAUCUGGUGUGUGACCUGGAGCUGCUGCCAGACUUCCCCAAACAGAAAACGUACUUCAUCAUCUCUACUGAAGACCCCAGCAAGGCACGACCUAAUGCAAGCAUAAGUCUCUUUGGCAGUGGAUUUGAAGAGGAUGAGAAUGGACCGCUCUCAUAUGCCAACCGAACGAGCGCCGUUGCAGCCAACAGCCUACCAAUUUCUGAAGGCCAUUACAAUCUAGACUUAGAACCACCCUAUGAUGGCACUCAGAGAGGGAUGGACCGGUAUUUGGACAGCCUGUUUGACCCAGUUCUGUCUGAUGGAACUGGGGACUUCGAUGCAUCAGUUUUGUCUGGUAGGAUGAAGGGUGGAGGAGGUGUAGGUGGUGAUGAAGCACAACCUCCUGCAAGGGUCAUCGUUUCGGCUGCUCUUCAACCUGGAGCAGUGAGAGUCCUGCCACCCAUUCCAGGUGCUUCAGUGAUGCGCAGUAUGCCAGCGGUGCACCCAGUGCCAGACCCGCAGCAAACUGUCCUGGCCCAACAACAACAAACCAUCAUCAACCAGCAAGCCGUCAUUAUGGCUCAGCAGAUGACAAUGCAGGCGAUGGCUAUGGUGACCAGUCCAGUGUCCAGUCCACCAAUGUCUCCCCUCACCAGCCCCCCAACCAGCCCUCCACCCACUCCCUACAGUACUCUGCCGCCUAGCCCGUACCCCGCCAUCCCUCCCAGCCCCUACGCUAACCUCCCACCCAGCCCUUACGCCCCACAUCCCCUUUCCAUGUACACAAGCCCCCUGAUGACCCCCCACCCCACCAUCCCCUCCACCUCGAUCAACACCACCCCCAGCACCUUAGAGGAGCAACAGAAGCCCCUGGAGAAGAAGAGCGGCCCCCCAACACCACAGCCACGGAGUACCACCAUCACAAAGGCUGUUUCAUCUAAUGGGACAUUAGGGAAGAAACAAGCCCCUGCUGCACCAAUGAAACUUGACAGCAGGCCUGCCAAAAGACAUGCUCCUGUUGCCGUCACAGGUCCCAUGCGUUCUGCUCCGGCUCCUGGCACUGAGGUAGUGAAAUAUUCUGUCUCCAACUCCGAGCACAUCGUUCCCAGCCACAACAUUAAAGAUAUCAUAAAACAAUAUCAAACACCGCUCCCAGAACCUGUGCCGCAGACACAGAGGCGGGAAGGUAAAGGUUUUAUGAAGAAGAUGAACCCACAUGAUGAGGCAAUGCAGAUCCUAAAAACACAGAGGGACAAUCCACCUCCUCCACAGAGAAAGGCUCCCACUCCAGCUGCUGUGUCCAGAGAUCAAGGCCUCAAACCAACUAGAAGCAGCAAGAAGAAAGCACCAGAGCCACCACUGACUUUACCACCACCAGUGUCCAGAGAUCUUCCAGUGGAAUCUGAGAGCAUCCAAACACAGCUGCACAAGAGCAGCACAGAGGAGCAUUACACCUACACAAACGUUCCCUGGAAGAUAUACCUCCGGAAGGAGGUCUUCUAUCCUAAAGACACUUGGAAUCAUCCUCUUGUGCUGAACCUCAUAUUCAAACAGAUUGUUAAUGACACAUUUACUGAAGCCUGUGUGCGCAUUACUAAAGAGGAGAGGCAGAAGAUGAAAUCCUUGUUUGCGCAAUACGGCAUCGAGCCAAACAUAGAUGUUCAGGAUGAAAGUGUGAAGAAAGCUGUGAUUACAGCUGCCAGGGAGUCAUGGGAGAUUUAUUUUUCUCGCCUUUUUCCUGCCUCUGGCAGUGUGGGUACUGGAGUGCAGGUGUUGGCAGUGUCUCACUCUGGUAUCAAACUUCUCAAGAUGGUAAAACACAGCACUACAGCGCCAGACUACUUCCGAGUGCUCCGUGCGUACAGCUACACAGACAUCCUGUUUGUGACCAUCCCCUCUCCAAACAUGCUGGAGUUUAAUCUGAUGAAUGAGAAACUGAUUCUGUUCUCGGCCAAAGCACAUCAGAUCAAACAUAUGAUUGAUCUCUACAUCUCUCAUCUAAAGGAGGAUUCUGAGUAUGUCGUAGCAGAGAGAAACUUCAUCACAGAGGACAGAGCUCUUCUCAGCUUCCAUAAAGGAGAUAUCAUUCGUCUGCAGGCCAUGGAUGGGUUAGAGGAGGGUCAGAGAUACGGCUGCGUGGUGAAGAAAAAGGUCAUUUACCUCGAUGAGCUGAAGAGAGGCACACCAGAUUUUGGCUGGAGGUACGGGGCAGUGCAGGGUCGGAGUGGAGCAUUCCCUAUGGACUGUGUGGUUCCUGUAGCUGCUCCUGAUUUCCUGAGUCUCCCAGCGGAGAGGAGAGACGAGCCGAGAGACAGACAGGGACGAGUGGCAGCAUCAGGAGCUAUCGCUCUCGCUGUGGCCUCCACUGCUGCUGCACAUGAGCUGGACCCAUCACUAGAGUCUGCUGGAUUCGGGGAUUUCGGUGACUCUGAAGCUGAGGGGAAUAUUCUUUUGGACAGCCAGUACAACAUGGUGGAGUUUGCCAGGAAACAUUUCAGAACAUCAGAUGGAAGCAAGAGUGAUUCGUUCAGAGAUAAAUCCAAAAAAGGUAAAGGAAAUAAAGACCCUGCAGAAAUGGUGAAAUUCAGUAAGAACCCUAUCCUAGAGUCCCUCAUAGACUUCACUGACCCCAACAUGAACAGGGUUGCUUCUGAAAUUUUCCUAGCCAUAAUGAAGUUCAUGGGAGAUCAUCCUCUCAGGGGCCAAUCGGAGCAGUUUGUGGUUUGCACCUUCCUGAAGUUAACGGGUGAAUAUGGACUGAUGAAGGAUGAGGCGUACUGUCAAGUCCUCAAACAGAUUACAGCCAAUACCAGCUCUAAACCUGACAGCUGUCAGAAGGGCUGGCGGUUACUCUACAUCCUGACAGCAUUUUACCGCUGCUCUGAAGUGCUCAAACCCUUCGUACUCAAGUUCCUGCGAGACAUCUGCAGAAGUCCAGAAGUGCUUUUUCAUGGAAUUGCUAAAGCUUGUGAGCAGAACCUGAGAAAGACCUUUCAGUUCGGUGGCAGGAGUGUUUACCCCAGUAGUAUGGAGCUCAAAGCCAUAAUGGCUGGUCGAAGCUCAAAGCGACAGCUCUUUCUAUUUCCUGGAGGAAUUGAGAGACAUUUGAAGAUCAAGACCUGCUCAGUUGCACUGGAUGUCAUAGAGGAGUUGUGUUAUGAGAUGGCGUUACAAAGGCUGGAGGCAAUGGAUGAGUACACAGUUUUCAUAGUGAUCAACAGAGGUCAGAAUGUGCGGCCCCUCAAUAAGAGAGAGUACAUAUUAGACAUCGCAACAGAGGCGGAGCAGAUUGAUAACAACUACAGCUUCUGGUUCAGACGAGUCAUCUGGGCCCAUGCGCUCAAGUUCGACAACGAGCUCUGUGUCACCAUGCACUAUAACCAGGUUCUGCCAGACUACCUGAAGGGUCUGUUGAAUGUCGUACCUCAGGGAAAGAUCAGUGAACAGCAGUUUAACCAGUUUGCCAAACUUGCUGCUCUUCAACACAGAGCCAAAGACAGUCUCUACACCCCUACUAUUCAUGAGUUGACAGAAUACAUCCCAGUCGAGAUCUUUGGCAGACAGGUGCCGCAGCAGUGGAUGCAACUGGUUGCCCAACAUGUACAUGCCGUCCAAAGCCUGAACCCUCACCAGGCCAGAUCCCAGUUCCUGGGUUUGGUGUGUGCAUUUCCCAUGUUUGGAUCGUCCUUCUUUUACAUCCAAAGCAGCAGCAACAGCACCAUCUCUGCACCGUGCAUCCUCGCCGUCAAUCAGAACGGACUGCACUUCCUGCACAAAGACACUCAUGAGGUGCAGGUGAAGUUCCAGCUGAAGCUGAUUCAGUCAGCUCACACACAGCGGCCCAGCGCUGGAUCCAGUUACCCUUAUGUAGACGUCCUGAUAGGGGACUUAACCAACCACAGAGUCACACAGUUACAGCUGGAACAGGGUCUGGAGCUGUGUCGGGUUAUCGCCAUACACAUUGAGAAUAUGCUCUCUGUCCGAGAGAAGAGGCUGACGCUGCCACCCAGUGAAAUCACCAUGCUAUAACAAAACCAUAUACAGAUACAAACAGUCUGUAUACGAAAGAACACUAUGCUUUCUGUAUGUUUAUUUUCUAUAAUCAGGUUAUUUUUAUGACUAAACCAAACCUCUUAAUGCACUGUUUGCACUAAUCAUGUGUAUUUGUUCACAUGUUAUGUAUAGAAAACACACAAUGAAUAAAAGCAUUAUUUUUGUAUUAAACGCAUAAUAUUUAUACAGAUGGAUUAUUAUUAUUAUUAUGGAAAAUUGUCCUUUGGUACUGUAGAUGUGAAAGUAUUGAAAUGUUUUAUUUGAAACGUUUACCACAUGCACACAUGCAAGUUUGAAUGAAGUGAGAUGUUACUCAGGAGAACAGCACGAAUGUAAUCUUUUUUUUCAAUCACAUUCUCUCACACAGACUUACAAUGAAAUGUAAAUUUCAGAGUAACGCAAUGACAUUUUUUCACAGUCAAACUUUGUGUAUGUAGCUGUUAGUUAACAUUAGUUAACAUACGAGACCAAGGUCGGAAUAUUUGUAUUGAUUUUUUUCUACAAUUUUCUUAAUAAAUGUAUUGAUUGAAACCUAA